AUGCUUUAAUGGGUGGUGAAAUUUUAGUAUCUUUUUAGUGUUUUGAAGCAUAAUUCCAUGAAAAUUCUCUAGAAAAAGAUAGUGGGCUUUCAUUAUAUUUCAAGAAAAGUGAAAAAGAUUUGAUCUUUUUUACCUUUUUGAUUGUGGGCAGUAAAAAAUGGUGAAUUUUUGCUUGUUUUUGCUUUUCACAAUUGGGUUUCUUCUAUUGUGUCAAAAUCUUGUAAUUUCACAAGUUGUUAAUCCAAAUGAUAAUGAAAAUGAUGAUCUUGUAAUUUUAGUAGCUAUUGGCAAGGAACUUAAGUUAGUUGAUUGGGAUGAAAAUGGGCUCAGAAACACUUCAAAUUAUUGUUUAUGGCCUCACAUUACUUGUAACUCAGAACAAUUAGUUGAAAAGAUUGUGCUUUCUCAUUUAAGUUUGCAAGGUAAUGUUACUUUACUUUCACAACUUAAGUCAUUAAAGUGGCUAGAUUUGUCUUUUAACACUUUCCAUGGAUCAAUCCCACAAUCUUUUGGUAAGCUAGUAAAUCUUGAGUUUCUUGAUUUGUCUUAUAAUAAGUUUGAUGGUUCAAUUCCUAUCGAAUUAGGCGAACUUAGUAACCUUAAGUCUUUUAACUUAUCGAAUAAUUUACUCAUAGGAUCAAUACCUAAUGAGCUUCAUGGGCUUGUAAAGUUACAAGAUUUACAAGUAUAUAGUAAUCAUUUAAAUGGAAGUAUACCAACUUGGGUUGGAAAUUUAACCAACCUUAGAGUGUUUACAGCUUAUGAGAAUGAGUUAAGUGGAGAAAUACCCGAAAAUUUAGGAGCUUUUUCGGACCUUCAGUGGUUAAACCUGCAUUCUAACUAUCUCGAAGGGCCGAUUCCAAAGAGUGUUUUUGCUAUGGGGAAGUUAGAGUUUUUAGUAUUGACUCAGAAUAAGCUAAGUGGUUAUCUGCAUGAAUCAGUUGGGAACUGUACAGACCUUUCUAGUAUUAGAAUCGGGAAUAACGAUCUCACUGGGAAUAUUCCCAAAGAAAUCCGUAAUCUUAGUAGACUUACUUAUUUUGAAGCUGAUAACAACAAUUUUUCGGGUGCGAUUGUUAAAGAGUUUGCUCAAUGCUCUAACUUAACUUUGUUAAAUUUGGCUUCUAAUGGAUUUAGUGGUACCAUACCGCCGGUUUUUGGUGAAAUGAUCAAUCUACAAGAGUUAAUUGUUUCCGGGAACAGUCUUUCUGGUGAGAUUCCAACUUCUGUUCUUAGUAACAAGAAUCUUAACAAGAUUGAUUUAAGUAACAAUAGGUUCAAUGGAAGCAUACCUCAGAGUGUUUGUAACUCCUCAAGAUUACAAUACUUGUUGCUGGGACAAAAUUCGUUAGUUGGGGAAAUCCCAAAUGAGAUUGGGAAUUGUGUAAAGUUGCUUGAGUUGCAGCUUGGUGGUAAUUAUCUUACGGGCACAAUCCCUUCCGAGAUUGGUAAAAUCAAGAACUUGCAGAUAGCUCUGAAUUUGAGCUUUAAUCAUCUUCAUGGAGUAUUACCGCCUGAAUUAGGGAAGCUUGACAAGUUGGUUUCUUUAGAUCUUUCGAACAAUCAACUCACGGGCAACAUCCCUCUGGCUUUUAAGGGUAUGCAAAGUUUGAUUGAUGUUAACUUUGCAAAUAAUCACCUCACUGGCCCAAUACCAGAUUUUGGACCAUUUGAGAAUAGCCCAAAUUCAAGCUUUUGGAAGAACGAAGGUCUUUGUGGCAAACCUUUGAGUUCCUUAUGCGGGAAUGCAAAUGGGCCCCAAACGUUUAAUCACAAAGUUUCUUACAGGAUCGUGCUGGCUGUUAUUGGGUCAGGUUUGUUGGUAUUCAUCUCUGUUACUGUUGUUGUUCUUCUAUUCAUGAUGAGAGAAAAGCAAGAAAAAGUGGGGAAAACAGUUGGAAAAGAAGUAGAAGAAAUCAUUGAAAAUGAUAAGCCGUUGGUAAUUCUUGGAAAUGUGUUUGUUGAGAAUUUGAAACAAGCUAUUGAUUUUGAUGCUGUGGUCAAAGCAACGUUGAAAGAUUCGAAUAAAAUCAGUAGCGGCACUUUUAGUACUAUUUACAAGGCAGAAAUGCCUUCAGGGUUGACUUUAUCAGUCAAGCGACUUAAAUCUGUUGACAAAACAAUUCUUAAUCAACAAAGCAAGAUGAUUCGAGAACUUGAGAGACUUAGUAAUCUUUGCCAUGAUAAUUUAAUCAGACCAGUUGGGUUUGUCAUAUAUGAAGACGUUGCCCUUUUGUUGCACCAGUUUUUACCAAAUGGCUCGUUAGCUCAAUAUCUACACGAGUCUAGUAAAGAACUGGUGUAUAAACCUGACUGGCCCAUUAGGCUUUCUAUAGCCAUUGGUGUUGCAGAAGGGUUAGCUUUUCUGCAUCAUCUUGCUAUCAUUCAUCUUGAUAUAUCUUCUGGGAACAUUUUUCUUGAUUCCCAUUUCAAGCCUUUGGUUGGUGAAGUUGAAAUCUCAAAGCUUUUGGAUCCGUCACGUGGUACGGCUAGUAUCAGUGCAGUUGCUGGCUCAUUUGGUUACAUUCCCCCAGCAAUCUGUUUUGGAUCAGAAUAUGCAUAUACAAUGCAAGUUACGGCUCCGGGAAAUGUGUACAGUUUUGGGGUGGUUUUACUUGAGAUUCUCACAACACGGGUUCCAGUGGAUGAAGAAUUUGGUGAAGGUAUAGAUUUGGUUAAGUGGGUUCAUGGUGCACCCACAAGAAGUGAAACCCCUGAGCAGAUACUUGAUGCAAAACUGAGCACGGUUUCGUUUGGUUGGAGAAAAGAAAUGCUUGCGGCAUUGAAGGUGGCAUUACUCUGCACAGACACUACACCGGCCAAGAGACCAAAAAUGAAAAAAGUGGUAGAAAUGCUUCAAGAAAUCACAGAAAGCAAGUGAAAAAUGAAAUCCUUUGGUUAUUGUAUGAUAGAAGAUGUGGGAAAUACGGGGUUCUGUAUAUUUUGUAUGAACUUUAAAGAAUCAGAUAUAUGCAAACCCUUCAAUUGUAUUAUGAAUGUAAGUUUUGGUUUCCCUACUCGUGUAUGAGCAGAUUAAUGUGAAGUCGGUUCCUUCUUAAA